CUAACCCAACCCGGAUCGACGUGGUUCUGGCGCGAGCCACACCAUCCGUCCCCUUGCGGCCACAUGUGAAAAAUCCGAUCGGGCCCAGAUCGGAACUCGGGAAUAAGUUGGGCCAAUUUCUGCACGAGGGACGCUUUAUCAGAAUUAUUCUUUCGCUGUUCCACAUGUAUCUUUCUUCUCUCUCCUCUAAAAAAUGGAAACGAAAGUGCCCAUAUAAAUAUGAGCCAUGACCAUAGGAACACCUUUGCGAUUCGUGAUUUCAAAGAAGAAGCUUGUGGAUAAAUAAAAAAAAAUAUUUUAAAGUUUUUGAAGAUGUAAAUCGGUAUCUCUUAUCUAAGCGGAAAAUGAACAAGGCUGAGCGCAAGAGGUGACGUGCAGCGUCAAAGCUCCAGCCAAAUGUUUCCUUGAACGCAUUAUUUACCCCAGAGGGGUUUAAGACAUUCGGUGUGGUUGUUGAUAAUAAAUCAUGGAAACUACGUCACCUUUAUGAAAACCAUUUAUAUUCCGCUUCAAUGGUUUCUUCAAACUGUGACUCUAACCAAAUUAAGGGCAAUGCUAAUAAUGACAAAAGCAGUAAAAGAAUAUAAUUUAAAAUGUUCUAACAUUGAAAAUGACAACCAGGAAGACUGCUAUGUUACAUUUAGCGGGGUAAGUGUUCAAGUGAUCAAAGAACAAAGCUUUUACUUCUUCUUGAAGAUAAAUGAAGAGGAUCUCCCACAUAUCGUAAAGGAUUUAAUUCAAACAAAAAAUUUAAUUUCAUUGACGUGGUGUGAGAACAGAAAACUUGCUGAGGUAGAAGAAGAUGAAAUUACGAUAGUGUAUGUGAAAAAAGAAAGCGCUAAAGAGGAAGAAGGAACAGAUCUGAGGAAGAAAGUUGAUCCUCUGGAUGAAGGAAUGCCUGAAACAGCAGAAAAAGAUGCUAAGAGGAAAAUCAAUUCUAAAGAAGACGAUAAAAUAACUGUAAUCCACAUGCAGAAAGAAGAAAAUAAUGCUGAAUCCGGAGCUGGUAGAGAAGGAAACUAAAGUGGCGUAUGUGAAGGGAGUCCUGAAAAAGUAGAAAAAUAUCCUGAAGAAGAAAGUGUGGAUGAAACAGAUGCUGUAGAAGAAGACAGUGUAUAUGAAAAAAAGACGCGGAAGAAAAAAAAAUAAAGUUAUUGAAGAUGUACGUAAUCAACAUUUGAAAAUGGUCUUACAAAUGGUCUACAAAACUAUUUUUUACUCGUUUUUCAUUUGAAUCUAAAACAAAAAUGUUGUACUUAUAAAAAUUAUAAUAAUCCUGUAAUGUAUUCGUAUUUUCAAAGAGUGGAAAAAACAUGGCUUUUAAAGACUCUAGUUAUAAGGAAUG